AUGACCAGAAACGUCAACGGCUUCAAGGCAAACGGUUUGCUGAAAAAAGAAGAAAAAGAACAAAAAGAUACACCACCACAAGAGAGAGGAGGAGGAGGAGGAGAAGAAGAGAGAGGAGAAGAAGAAGAGAGAGGAGGAGGAGGAGAAGAAAAAGAUACACCAGAAGAAGAAGAAGAAGAAGAAGAAGAAGAAUUAGAAGAAGAAGAAGAAGAAGAAGAAGAAGAAAGAGAAGAAGAAGGAGGAGGAGGAGAAGACGAAGAAGAAGAAGAAGAAGAGAGAGGAGAAGAAGAAGAAGAAGAAGAAAGAGAAGAAGAAGAAGAAGAAGGAUGA